CCUUCUUCACCCUCUGGACUCCUUCCCACAACCUGGGGCUGACGUCCAACACAACCUCCACAUCACUAUAUGCCUAUGUGCGCUGCGAAUUAACAAGUCGCGGAGGCUUCUGUCAUCAGGCAGGCAUAGGCGGCAUGUUCAAAUUCCCCAAGUCAGACGGGUAUCAGCCGCUCCCGGAGAACGUCACGCAGGAUGAGCUAGACAGGCGGGCGCGCGAGGACGCUGACAGGCAUCGCAAGUUCCUCCGGCUCACUUUUGGAGCGUGCAUACUCUUCGCGCUGGGAGCGACGCUUGGCUACGCGAUUUCGAGGUCGGGCAAGUCCGAGCAACACUGCGAGACCUGGCAGGAUGGCUACACAUGCGCGCCCGAGAUCUCGAGGCUUUGGGGCCAGUACUCGCCCUUCUGGCCCGUCGAGUCUGAGAUCUCGCCCGACGUGCCUGUCGGCUGCGAGGUGACGUUCGCGCAGGUGCUCUCACGGCACGGGGCAAGGGAUCCGACGCUCAGCAGGUCCGUCGCGUACGGUGCCCUCAUCACGCGGAUCCACAACCAAGUGUCCGAGUACGGCGCCAACGUGACGUUUCUGCGCGACUACAAGUACAAGCUCGGCGCGGACGAGCUGUCGACGUUUGGGGAGGAACAGCUGGUCAACUCUGGCACGAGAUUCUACCACCGUUAUCGGGACCUCGCGCGCAAGUCGACCCCGUUCGUCAGGAGCGCAGACCAGCACCGUGUCGUUGAGUCGGCGCGAUUCUGGGCCAAGGGAUUCCACCAGUCGCGCAAGCAAGACAAGCAAGCGGACUCGGAUAAUUACCCUUACAACAUCCUCGAGAUCCCAGAGUACCGGCCGCACAACAACACCCUGAGCCCUGAUACAUGCCCAGCCUUCGAGCUGGGCUCGGAUCUCGGCCACAAGGCGCAAGAGGUGUUCGCGGGCGUCUUUGCUACCCCUAUCACGGCGAGGCUCAACGACAACCUCCCGGGGGCGAACCUCUCGGCCGCAGACACGAUCUCUCUGAUGGACCUGUGCCCCUAUGAAACCGUGGCCGAUCGCUACGGCCGACCCUCGCGGAUCUGCGACAUCUUCUCGCCCCAGGAGUGGGCCGACUACGACUACUUCCAGUCCCUGGGCAAAUGGUACGGCUACUCGAGCGGCAAUCCUCUGGGGCCGACUCAAGGCGUGGGUUUUGCCAACGAGCUGAUUGCGCGGCUCACACGCCAACCCGUGGACGACCACACGACCACAAACUCGACGCUUGACUCGUCACCAGAGACGUUUCCCCUUGACCAAAGCCUGUAUGCCGACUUCAGCCACGACAACGACAUGGCGGCCAUGUUUGGCGCGCUGGGGCUGUACAAUGCCACCGCGCCGCUGGACAAGUACACUCGCCAGGACCCGCGCGAGACGACAAAGGGCUUCGCGGCGAGCUGGACGGUGCCGUUUGGUGCGAGGAUGUAUGUUGAGAAGAUGACGUGUCGCGCGGAUGGCGACGCUGCUUCCUCGGCGCAGGCCCGGGCGGAAGAGGAGGCAAAUGAGUUGGUCAGGAUCCUCGUCAACGACCGCGUGAUACCGCUGCAGAAUUGUGGUGCGGACGAACUUGGGCGGUGCGAGCUCGAUAGAUUCGUGGAGAGCCUGAGCUUCGCCAGGAGUGGCGGGCACUGGGACAAGUGUUAUCUAUGAGUGGCACGAGCUUGGGCAUGCGUUCGUGAUAGUGCUGUGUACAAAUUCACAAUCCUGAAGAAGGUGCACUUCGUGACUUCGACCGCUUUGGGGGAUGGAACCGGGGCUUAGGCGACUGUCGAGUUGGACAAGUGAAAUGCUGGGUGGAUUCGCUUGAGGGGAGCGAACACAUUCCCCAUACCAGAAAAAGAAUGCAAUGUCUGAGCUGGAUGCGUGAGCUUUGGCUUCGUGCCCUUUUCCAAAGACCAUGUUCAGGCCCUCCACAAUCAACUACCGCUGCUGCAUCGAGCUGAGGCAAUCCGCCAGGUCGGGAGGGGAACCCUGGCUGGCGCGCAGAGUACAGAGUACGGGAAGCGUUAAACUAGUCACUAUAGCUCCACUGAUUCAAGUAAACACAAGUAUUAUUA